CUAUUGAAUGGUUAUCAAUGUAUUCAAUUGUUUUGCAUAUUUCGCAAGGCCUGUUAUCUGAACCAAAUUCUUGGACCGGAUAUCAGCAAAAGGGGAAACUUGUCGGAGCUGUUUCAGAGCCAUCAACUCAAUGUUCUGGUGAUUACUCAUCACAGUGGAGAGGGACAAAGAGUAUAAAUACCUGAAGUCAAACGGUUGAGGGUGACUUAUGGAGGUUCGAACCAGUAUUGAACAAUGGUCAAGGUUUCUGCUCUUAAGGAUACUAAAGUUUUCUCACCGAUCAAGGUCGGUGAUAACGAAUUGGCUCAUCGAAUUUUUUUCCCACCAACUACCAGAGUAAGAGCUGCUGGAGAUAAUAUACCAUCCCAAUUGCAAGAAGCGUAUUAUGAAGAGAGAUCAAGAUACCCUGGUACGUUAUUGGUCACUGAGGGUACUUUCCCCGGGGUUAAAUUAGGUGGCUGUCCUGGUGUUCCGGGUAUUUAUAGUGAAGAACAGGUUCAAGCAUGGAAACAAAUCAACGAUAAGGUCCACGCCAACAAAUCGUUUACUUCUAUCCAAUUGUGGGGCCUUGGCCGAGUAGGAGACCCUGAAUUCAGUGCAGCCCACGGAGUUCCUCUCAUUGGACCUUCUGAAAUUUAUUUAAAAGAGCACGAGAAACUGAUUCCGUAUCAGAAUGUUAAGAUUGAAUCUCCAAGCACCGAAUACCUUGAGAAAUUGAUUCACGAAGAUUAUACUAUAGCUGCUAAAAACUCCAUUGCUGCUGGGUUCGAUUACAUAGAACUCCACUCUGCUCAUGGUUACUUUUUGGACACUUUCUUGCUUCCAUCAAGCAACAAGAGAACCGAUAAAUACGGUGGUUCCAUUGAAAACAGAGCUAGAUUCUUAUUGGAAUUAAUCGAUCACUUAUCUGAAGUUGUCGGAGCCUCCAAAUUAGCCAUCAGAUUUUCUCCAUGGGCUACUUUCCAAGGUAUGAAAGGUGCUGAAGAGGACGUACACCCGUAUGCCACCUUUGGAUACCUUAUUGGUGAAUUACAGAAACGUGCUAAUAACGGUAAAGAACUCGCUUACAUUUCUUUGGUUGAACCAAGAGUUUCCGGUAUCAUGGAUGUUAAGAAAGAAGAUCAAGCUGGUGAUAAUGACUUCAUCAGUAAGAUCUGGAAAGGGGUUUUAUUACGUGCUGGGAACUAUACUUACGACGCGCCGGAUUUCAAGAAAGUGCUAGAAGAUGUCGAUGAUGGACGCACUUUAGUCGGUUUCUCUAGGUACUUCAUAUCUAAUCCCGAUCUUGUUUACCGAUUACGUGAAGGUUACGAAUUAACUCCUUACAAUAGAGACUUGUUUUACGUGGGGAACGGUUGGGGUUACAAUUCUUAUAAUGUAUAUGGCAAAGAAGUUUUGACUUCCGAAGAAGAAGCCAGAAAUCAAAUUCCAGUUGCUCUUAAAGCCCUUUCCAUAUAGAAACGUAGACUU